UGACAUGUAUUAACUCCGUUGACUCAUUGACUUGGAUGGGCUUGAGUCUAGAAGACAAGAAUCCAUGUCAUUCUAAAAAAGUAUCGCACCUGUGGUUGGUGAGCCAAUUUAUUAUCACCACGAUGUGAAUUGAAAGUUCGAACUGCUUCGUCUCGUACAAAGCUAGUUUCCUACAAAAUACAAAAUUCUUAUAAGCAUCAAAAUAUCUAUUAACCAAGUUUUAAAAAAAAAAAAAAAAAAAAACAAACAAACUGAGAAUCAUGAAACUGUUUCUUUUGCUUUCUUUUAUUGCUCUUGCGCUACUCGAAGCAUAUGGUUUUACCGCUGAAACUGAUAUGCAAGCGUUGCUGGUAUUUAAGUCUCAAAUUUCUGAAGAGAAAAGGGCUGUCUUGUCCUCAUGGAAUCGCUCAUCCCACUUGUGCAACUGGAAGGGGGUUACAUGUGGCCGCAGACACAAGAGAGUUACUCAUCUCAACCUGGAAAACUUGUCAUUAGACGGAGUGAUAUCACCAUCAAUUGGUAAUCUCUCGUUUCUCAUAUCGCUUGAUCUCAAUAGUAAUUCUUUUGGUGGUACUAUUCCUCAAGAGGUGGGAAACUUGUUUAGACUUGAAUACUUGGAUAUGGGAAUAAAUUCUCUGAGAGAACGGGUUCCAAACAGUUUGUACAACUGCUCUAGAUUGUCGAGUCUUCGUCUAGACUAUAAUCAUCUUGGAGGGAGUGUUUCUUCAGAGAUAGGGUCACUGACAAAGCUCGUCCAUCUUAAUCUUUUUAGAAACAAUCUGAGCGGAAAACUCCCCGCGUCUCUAGGAAACUUGACAUCACUAAACCAACUUACAUUAUCAUACAACAAACUUGAAGGAGAGAUUCCUGGUGAUUUAGCUAAGUUGACACGAAUAGGGGAUCUUCAACUAGUAUCUAACAAUUUCUCAGGUGUUUUCCCUCCAGCUAUCUACAAUUUGUCCUCACUCAAUUAUUUAGGCCUAGCUUAUAAUAACUUCUUGGGUCGGUUGAGACCUGAUUUUGGUAUCCUUCUACCAAAUCUUAUAACGUGUAACCUGGGAAGGAAUUAUCUAACAGGAGUCAUUCCAACAACAAUUACCAAUAUCUCGACUCUUCAAAGAUUGGGAAUGAACGAGAACAGUCUGACAGGGAGUAUUCCUUCCACUUUUGGAGAAAUACCAAAUUUGAAAUGGUUAUUACUUAGUUUCAAUUCUUUGGGGAAUUACUUUUCUAGGGACUUUGAAUUCCUCACUUCUUUGACUAACUGCACCCAGCUAGAGAAACUAGCGGUUGGUUGGAAUAGGCUCGGGGGUGACUUCCCUGUUGACAUUUCUAAUCUGUCCUCCAACCUCAUAGCUUUGGAAGUCGGAGGAAACCUCAUCUCCGGAAGCAUUCCUCACGACAUUGGGAAUCUCAUAAGCCUACAAACUCUAACGUUCGAUCAGAACAUGUUGUCUGGACCACUCCCUACCUCUCUCGGGAAGCUUUUAAACCUGAGGGUUGUAAGCCUAUCAUCAAACAGAUUAUCAGGAGAGGUGCCGUCUUUUAUAAGCAACUUCACUAUGCUGGAAACACUCGACUUGGCUAACAACAGUUUCCAAGGCAUGGUUCCUCCAAGUCUCGGAAAAUGCAGCAAUUUGCUACAUCUUCGUAUCGAUUCUAAUCAGUUGGAGGGGGGAAUCCCUCGGGAGAUUACGCAAAUCCAGCGGCUUAUUCUCCUUGACAUGUCUGGUAACUCUUUGUUUGGCUCUCUACCGGAAGAUAUUGGAAAGCUAGAAAAACUUAUUACACUGGCUGUUGCGGAUAAUAAGUUAUCAGGGAAACUCCCACAAAGCAUUGGAAAGUGUCUCACAAUGGAAUAUCUUUAUCUGGAAGGAAACAGUUUUGAUGGAGAUGUUCCUGAUAUGAAAAGGUUGGUAGGUCUUGAAGAAGUUGAUUUGUCAAAGAAUAAUCUCUCUGGAAGUAUACCUGAAUAUCUUGCAAACUUUUCCAAGUUGCAGUAUCUCAAUUUGUCCUUUAACAAAUUCAAUGGAAAGGUGCCUAUAUUUCAGAAUACUAGUAUGGUUUCUGUAUUUGGAAACAAAGAUCUGUGCGGAGGGGACAAGGAGUUUCAGCUAACUCCAUGCCUCACGCAAGAACCAUUGGAGGAGGCAAAGCGUUCCUCUCAUCUAAAGAAAAUUGCGGCUGGAGUUGGCGUGGGAGUAGCGUUUAUUUUGCUGAUGUUGUUCGUAGCUUUGAUUUGGUUCAGAAAAAGAAAGAAGAAUAAGCAGACCAGUGAUCCAACUUCUUCUUCUGCCGCCUUGGAAGUCUUCCAUGAGAAGAUAAGCUACGGAGAUCUUCGGAACGCAACGAAUGGCUUCUCUGAAAGCAAUAUGGUUGGGUCAGGCAGUUUCGGUACAGUGUUCAAGGCGUUUCUCCCCCAGGCGGGGGAGAACGACGUCGUUGCGGUGAAAGUACUAAACAUGCAGAGGCGGGGAGCGAUGAAGAGUUUUAUGGCGGAAUGUGCGUCUCUGAAAGACAUAAGGCAUCGUAAUCUUGUGAAACUGUUGACGGCUUGUUCGAGUAUUGAUUUCCAAGGAAACGAAUUCAGAGCUCUCGUAUACGAGUUCAUGCCGAAUGGAAGCAUGGAUAUGUGGCUGCACCCAGAGGAUGUUAAAGAGCCCUCAAGAGCCUUGACACUUCUUGAGAGGCUCAACAUUGCUGUAGACGUUGCUUCUGCUCUAGACUAUCUGCAUGUUCAUUGCCACGAACCUAUAGCUCAUUGUGAUCUCAAGCCAAGCAACAUCCUUCUAGAUGAUGAUUUGACUGCCCAUGUUAGCGACUUUGGUCUGGCUCGUCUUCUCAUCAAGUUCGACCAGGAGUCUUUCUUCAGUCAGUUAACUUCAGCUGGCGUUAGAGGGACAGUAGGUUAUGCUGCACCAGAAUAUGGGAUGGGAGCACAGCCAUCAGUACAUGGUGAUGUGUAUAGCUUUGGGGUUCUCCUUUUGGAAAUGUUCACUGGAAAAAGACCUUCGGAUGAGUUGUUUGGAGGAGACUUUACUCUAAUUAGCUACACCAAAUCCGCGUUGCCGGAAAGGGUUUUGGACAUUGCAGACAAAUCGAUUCUUGACAGCGGUCUCAGGGUUGGCUUUCCUGUUGCUGAGUGCUUGGCAUUGGUUUUGAACGUUGGACUUAUGUGUGGGGAAGAAUCCCCAAUGAACCGUUUGGCAACGAGUGAAGCCGCAAAGGAGUUAGUCUCAAUCAGAGAGAGGUUCUUUAAAGCUACAAGAACAGUCAGACGCUGAAGUGUGUAUGACUUUCUCUACAAACUUUACCAUCCACUUAAAAGGGGCUUACUCUGAAGUCUAUAUAAUAUCAUCUUUCAAAAUUUCUGUUUUUUUAAUUUUUUUUUACUCUAUAUUGUUAAUGAAUGCUUGUGCUAUUUUAAGACAACAUAGCUGCCUUUAGUUCCGUUCUCGGAUUAUGAAUCAAUUAAGCACACACUAAAGCAUA